AUGGACGACGACAACGAACACACCCCUCUCCGCUCCACCACCCACUCCCCGACGUCCCCUUCGUCCGACGAGUACUCCGAGUCAGACCUCCCGCACAGGUCCGAGUCCUCGCCGCACCUCGUCCUUCUUCCCCAGUCCGAGGAUUCGCUAUUUGACAUCCCCGAAGACGAGGACACGGACGAGGAGGAAACAUCGGAACAGAGCAACCUCGCGACACCUCCUUUAUCUCCCUCCACCGUCCUCCUCUACCUCUUCUCUCCUUACCUACGUCUCGGCGCGUUCUCCAUCUUAUCCGGGUACACACCCAUUCAGUUCGGUGUCCCUGCUCUGGUUGUAAGCGCUGCGUUAUCUAUCUUCUGCCGGCAGAUAUGGUUCCUCCAAUCCCGCUACCUCCGACGUUCCACCACCAAGGACAUCCUCCUCGACGCAUUCGCCAAGGGCAGGCGAAAGCGGAAACUUCGGAAAGGUCUCGCCUCCCUCGUUUCAGCCCUGACUUGGGUCCUCAGAGUCCUCAUGGCUGCCAUGUACCUCCGCGAAUCUACCAGUGCUUUGUUAGUGUGCUUCCCUAGCGGGACCCCUGCGGCUCUUGUAUCCAUCUGCCUGGCGCUCGUCGCUAUUUGUUUUUCCUUGACCACAUCCAUCUCUUCCAAAUCUAUCAUACUCGUCACAUAUCUCUCUGCGGCCUCCUUUCUAGGCUGGUUGGUAUCGGCCGCCUUGGCAUAUGCGCGCAACAAUCUCACCCCUGGAGGGUGGUCGCAGCAGGGCAUUUUAUGGAACGGCAUUACGAGUACAAUGUUCGCGUUCACGACGGCGUCCACGGUACCUCUCUCCUCUUGCCUCAAGAGUGGCCGUCAGGCGUCCUAUGGACCCAAACCCGACAAGGCCCGCUCGCGCUCGUUCGUGCUCCUGAGCGUGCUGUCCGCGUCUCUCGCUGCGUGCCUCGUCAUGCCUCUGGUGAUCUUCGCUGCGCGCCCUAAACUCUCCGAGGAAGUCUUUGAUGGAACGUCCGUCAAAUGGAUGGCGAUUCUAAAGGCAGCGACGCUGGUGCUCGCGCUGCCGUCCAUCGUGCUCAAUGCGCCCGCCGUUCAUAUGCCCGGUCGCAUGUAUCCGCCGCUGCGUUUGCCCUUAAGCAGACUGGCAACCUGUCUUGCGGUCGUGGCAGUCGCCCUAGUGCGCGGCGGCGUAGCCUCCACCCUCAACGAUAUCAUGUUAUUCUUAGCCCUCGCAGGCACCUAUUUCCUCCCGGCCCUGACACACAUCACGACCCACUACAUCCGCCGGCCGCUGAGCAUCGUCGUGCCCACAGCCCCAGGCCGACAACAGCCCGGGUCACCGUACAUGCAACCUGGGUCGGCCCCCGGCGGCUCCGGCUCGCCAUCAUCAUCGUCGCCAUCAUCGCCGCCGGCGCUACGGGGGCGCGACCCGCACAUGCGCGCGCCCUCGCACGACGUCCUCCUCCAGCGCAAGGAGAAGCUGCUCCAGCGGCGGCGGCUCGGCAAGCGGCUGUUCUGGGACUUUGGCGUGUGGGUCGUGCUGCUGCCCGUGUGCGGCGGCGGGCUCGUCUGGACGGUGGGGAGGAUCGCGGGUCGGUUCUGAGCGUGGCAAAACGCAAACGUAAAUGCAGAUGCAAAGGCAUUGCGAAAGAAGAAAAAAGUGUAAUUUUACGUCUUGGUGCUGGUAUCGGACGGCGGCCUUCGUUCGUGACAUCGUUAGGUGCCGCGGCAAGUGGCUGAUGGACUAUGGACGCUGAACUGAACUGGGCUGCUGCUUAUUACUCAAUAGUAAAUAGAGUUACCGGUACAUACUGAUCCUCACUCGAAGUUGCGAUUGUACUCUAUAUGCGCGGAGCUGGUUCCGGUUCUUACUUCGAAUCGUGUUACAAUGUAUCCCCGUGUGCACUGGAUCCUCCGUGCUGGCCGUGGCCAUGGUAGUGGAUCGUGGUAUCUACUUAUAAGCUUAGUGUUAUACAAAUUUAUCCUGGUACAGCCGUAUGUGUCUUGGUUCCAGACCUGUGCAGGGCAUCUCGGAGAAGAAGAUUACAGAAACGAAACAACAGCAAGAAAAGUCCUGCCCGAUAGCGAUAGCGAGAAUGAUCCUUCCGGCCAAUGAAGUGAAGAAGCCGACGGACAGAUAGAUAGCGUUAAAUCAGUGUAGUAGGUGGAAAAGCGGGU